AAUUUUAUUUUGAAAAUUUUUAUUUUUACAAUUCGUGAGAAUAUUUAUUUUGUCUGAGUUUAUAUAGCAGUAAAAGCAGUAAAACGGAGGGAAACAAGCGAAGAAACGAGAGCAGCUCUUGCAUGAGCAACGGAGGAGUAGUAGAGUCACGGAGUAAAAGUGCAAUAUCUGCAACGUCAGUGAAACCCAUGGAAACAUUAAAGGGUAUUUUCAGUGUCCCCAAGAUGGAUCGUAAUCGUCGAAAUUUCCUGAGGGAGAAUAAAUUGAGCUUACGUGAAUUACAAAGGGUGACUAAUAAGGGUAAAAUGCAACAGCAACAAGAACAACUGUUACGGGACCAAAAAUACGCUGGACGCCGUUCACAAUCUCAACAACGUAACAACAACAAUUGCUUGGAUAAACAAACUGUGACCCGCUGCCCUUCAUUGUCACGGGUUCCCAGUGGCCGUGUUGUGGGGACUUCUGCUGCCGGUGGUGUCGGCGAUUGUUCAAAUCAUAUUGGUAGACGCAGUGUUUCUCGGACAAAUAGCACGACGACAAUCAAAUCUGUACAUAAACAAGUGCAAACUGAAGAUAUACAAGACGAACAAUUUCUUUAUGACGCUUUGAAGCGUUGUACCACCAACGAAUCUCAGUCACGUUUUAAUGGUUUACAACCUAACUUUACGCCACGUUCACAAUAUAUUGCAAACGAUGCACAAAGCCGAAACUCUUUUUAUCCGUCAGCUGAUGAGGACCAAAGGUGUCUGGGGAAUUCAGAUGACUGUAGGUUUGCUACGCAGCCGCAAAUACAGGAUCCGUACGUACAACGUGAAGAUACAAAUAAUUAUGUUGAGCAAUAUAAUGAACAGCAACAUGGCGAAGUAAUUGGAGGUGAUGAUGUAGAUACAAUACAUAAUGAAAAUGUUAGACGAUUAUGUGCGCCUGAAUCAUCAUCAAAGUACAAUUUCGCACCAACUCCACGCUCUCAACAACACUUCACCAAUGGAUAUAAUAUGGUGGACAGUGAUGGAUUACCACCAACAACAACAAUGCAAUCAUCAUAUGAACCGCCAGAUCAACAGCAACAGCAACAACCAUUGCGUUACCGAAUGCAACCUCAUGUACAAGGUGAUUUACGUGCCAAUUUCGAAAAUAUGUCUUUAAACAACGGUUACGGCGGCGUUGCUGACUGCGAUGUUGCAGUUGAUGAAGAUUAUGGUGCCUUAGGAAACAGCGGUGGUGUUGAGGCUGUUUCCAUAUCUGGUCGUAGUCGACGUACGAAUAUUUCACAUAAUUCACAGCAAAGUAAUACAGAUUUGGUCAAAAAGCGUUCAAGUGGUAGCAUACAUAAACUUGGUUCUCGAGAUAACAUUAGUCUGCCUCGUUAUUUGGAGCGUGAGAAACGUGAAAAGGAGGAACAACGCCAACGUCAAAGUGAACGCGAUCCCAAUUGCCCGCCUGGACAUUACCCACUAUCGGAUAAAGAGCGUCAGGCAGCACUUCAAUCAGCUGAAACCAGAUUCAAAGCACUUGUAAAUGAACUAAAUCGCAUGCCUAUGACAACUGAAACUUUACGUAUGCGUGUGCGCAAAGCCGAAAUUGAGAGAGAACUGAAACUACUCGAAACAGAUAUACGGGUAUUUUCGAAGUCUAAGGUUUAUUUGAAGCAUAAGGAACAGAACAUUUGAAAUGAACACUUUUGUGUGUAAAUGUAUAUGUCUGAUUACAGCCAGUGAGGCGAAAAAAUGGAAAUGUAAAAAAUGUGCAUAAAAUAUACUUUAAGACAUUGCGAUGUCAUCAAUGUCAUUGCCCUUUACUAACAUAA